UGAAACCUAGGCCUCGCCAAAUCCGGCCCGUCGCCGCCGCGACAUGAACGGCGGGUGACCGAUGGCCGGCAGCGGGGCCGGGCCCCAAGGGGGCUGCCUCCGGGCUUACCCGGCUCUGCCCGUGUGGGUGGUGGAGGACCACCAGGACGUGCUGCCUUUCAUCUAUCGUGCCAUUGGUUCAAAGCAUCUUCCUGGCAGUAACAUCACCUUUGUUCAUCUCGAUUCCCAUCCAGACCUUCUUAUUCCUGUGAAUAUGCCUGCAGACACUGUAUAUGACAAAGAAGCUCUUUUUAGUGAAUUAAGUAUUGAGAACUGGAUUAUGCCUGCUGUUUAUGCUGGCCAUAUUUCUCAGGUAGUUUGGCUUCACCCACCCUGGGCUCAGCAGAUCUCAGAAGGAAAACACAAUUUUUUAAUUGGGAAAGAUGUAUCAACAACUACAAUCAGGGUAACAGGUACAGAUAAUUACUUUUUAAGUGAUGGUCUUUAUGUCCCUGCUGAUCAGCUGGAAAACCAGAAGCCUUUGAAUUUACACGUCAUUCUCAUCAAUCCUACUGAAGCAUCAAACAACUGGGAAGAAAAUGGUGAAGUAGCAUCUGCUAAGAGACUGAAGCUAAAUACAGAUGACACAGCAAGCACUGCUUCUGCCUCUUCAUCAGUGGCUCCUAACCUUGAUUACAGCACCACAAAUGUGAAGAAAAAGGAAGUGCAAAAUACAAGUGCCCUGAACAAGACAGAAACCUUAGAGUGCUCAGCUUCAAGCUCUCUCAGAAACAGUGAAAGCCCGAUAAGGAAUGUUGUUAAAGAUGUUUGCCAAGUACUGAAGAAAGGGGAUGCGUAUGUUUUAGACAUUGACUUAGAUUUUUUUUCAGUUAAAAAUCCAUUCAAAGAAAUGUACACACAGACAGAAUAUGAGCUUUUGCAAGAGUUGUACAGUUUCAAGAAGCCUCAUAGAAAUGCGACAGAGGAGGGCUUGCUGGAUUGUGUUGAAAACCGUGUUCAUCAGCUAGAAGAUCUGGAAGCAGCAUUUGCAGAUUUGUGUGACAGUGAUGAUGAAGAAACCGUACAGAAGUGGGCUUCAUAUCCUGGAAUGAAGCCACUUGUUCAACUAGUUCACAGUUUGAAAACCAGGAUGGAAAGCCCAGACUAUGAAAUGGUUCAUCAGGCUGGUCUGACCUGUGAUUAUAUGGAGCUUCCUCACCAUGUUAGCACUGAAGAGGAGAUCGAAGGCCUCAUAAAAUCCAUUAAAGUUCUGCUAAAAGAUAUGCCGAAGCCCACGCUUGUGACAAUUGCUCGAUCAAGUUUGGAUGACUAUUGCCCUUCAGAGCAGGUUGACAUCAUUCAAGAGAAGGUUCUCGAUUUACUGGGUUCAGUGUAUGGCACUCUUGAUGUGCACUUAGAUUACUCAAGCAUCUCAUCUUCUGUGUGACUUUUCUUCAUGUAUUGCCCUCUAAUGCAAUGGAUUAAUUUAAAUUGCAUAUUACCUGUGGUUGCAAGUGGGAAAAUGCUGUUAUUUCAGCAGGUGGCACUAGAACCCAAGCUGACCCAGAGCCAGGUUUGAGUCAGAUUGCUUUUUCCAAGUUAGCUGCAUCUGAACUGGCUCUGUUCAGAUUAGUUCUGUGGUUAUUAUUUUUACUGUCUUGCUUCUAUAAACUGGUUCAAGAGAAACUGGUUUUGUCCAUAAAAUGUAUUUUGUCACCUGAUUUCCUUAAGUGUCUGUAAAAAAAAAAAAAAUUAUUAUAUAUAACUUAAAAUAAUUUAUUUUCUGUAAUUAAACUUUUUUGAUGGAGUUUGGUAACAGACAUGUUCCUGCCGCACUGUACCUUUUAAAACAUUACCUCAAUAAUGCCAUAAGACAUUAGGUUUGCGUAGCGAUACUUCUUAACUGCUGUGCCUGAGAUGAUCAGGCAUCCGCCUCUCAUUUUUCUAGAGCAGCUUAUGGCUUCUGCCCCUUCUAUAGCAUUUCAUUUGUAUUUAUACUCUGUUGCAUUAAUAUUGUCUUAUUUUGCCUUAGAGGAUUCCUUUGGUGACUAAUAUAAUGUACAGAUACGGGUUUGGUAUUUUCAUUUUUGCAUAUUUUUGAGGGUAAAAAAUAUGAGUGGAAGUGAAUGCUGUUAUCUGUUGAAUCCUGUAAGAAGUUAAAUUGAUGGUUACUUCAGAAACAAAGAUUUAGCUUUACUGAAGUCAGCAGUAAAACCUUCUGUAGCAGGUUCUAGAGAAAACUGCCACUUGCAGAGAGAGAACAAAACCAUACAGGAUUUAUUCGGGAAUGAUACUAAAAUGGGAAAGACAAAAUACCGCCUAAAUUAUUGUCUUCUAUUAUGAAUAAAUUUUGCUUGUAAUUUCUUCUGAUGUA